UGUUCCCUCUGGUACUUGUAUUGUACUCACACCAUCACUCUCCCUCUGUAUCUCCUGUUUUCCAAUUAUGUAUCUCUUCUGUCUAUCUCUCUGGUUACCACUAUCCUUCUCAUCUGUCCCUCCUUCCCUCGUCUCUCACGUGCAACUCCUGCAAAACCCUUGUUACCCUCUCUUCCCUUGCUACUCUGUCUGGUCAGUUUUGGGGACCCCUCCCUCUCAGCCGCCUCUACUCUGGAGCACAUUCCAUCCUCUGCAGCAGCCCGUCCUCGCCCCCUGGUGCGACAGCAGAGUCUCCAGCAGCCUCUCACCCACCAGCCCCCUCCGGGCCCCAAUGACCCCCCAGCCACCUCCCAGAGUCUGGGCCAGCUGCACACAGGGCCCGGGGGCGGGGGGCACCGGGGAGGCCCGCGGGGGGUGCGGGGGAGUCCGGCGGGGACAGGUGCUUCCCGGUACAGAGGAGCAGGAGGAGGACGCUCCAGGUCCAACCCAGGCAGCUGGGACCACAUGAUGGGACAGAUCCGCAACAGAGGACUGGAUGUCAAGUCUUUCCUCGAGGGGAAGAUGGUUGUUCUGUCUCUAGCCAUCGGGCUGGCUGAACAAGAUGACUUCGCCAACCUCCCAGAUCUACAGGAAGCACCAGCGUGCCAAGAAAACUCAACUCCACCGGACAAAUCAAGGUACCAGCCAGCUAACCAUCCUAAAAUCCAGACCCCAGAUGAGGCAGGCCGCCUCGGGAACUCCUCUGUCACAGACCUGACCAACUCUGUCACCACCAGCGACAUUCACAUGCUCUCUCCAGGCUCAGAAGAGGACACAGAAGGGCCUGUGGUUGAGAAGCUGGGCCGGAUUCAGUUCAGUGUGGGCUACAGCUUCCAGGACUCCACCCUGACCGUCAAGAUCCUUACGGGCCAGGAGCUCCCCGCCAAGGACUUCUCUGGCACCUCAGACCCCUUUGUCAAACUCUACCUGCUGCCGGACAAGAAGCACAAGCUGGAGACCAAGGUCAAGAGGAAGAACCUCAAUCCUCGCUGGAACGAGACCUUCCUGUUUGAAGGGUUCCCCUAUGAGAAGGUGAUCCAGAGGACCCUCUAUAUGCAGGUGCUGGAUUACGAUCGUUUCAGCAGGAACGACCCCAUCGGGGAGGUGUCCAUUCCCCUUAACAAGGUGGACCUGGGCAACCAGCAGACCUACUGGAAGGAGCUGAAGCCCUGCAGCGACGGCAGCGGGAGUCGAGGAGACCUGCUGUUGUCACUGUGCUACAACCCUCAAGCCAACACCAUCACUGUGACCAUCAUCAAAGCCCGCAACCUCAAAGCCAUGGACAUUGGAGGCACCUCCGAUCCCUAUGUGAAGCUGUGGCUGAUGCACAAGGACAAACGUGUGGAGAAGAAGAAGACGGUGACAAUGAAGUGCUGUCUGAACCCCGUGUUCAACGAGUCCUUCCCCUUCGACGUCCCCGCCCACGUGCUCCGAGAGACCACCAUCAUCAUCACCGUCAUGGACAAGGACAAGCUCAGUCGCAACGACGUCAUCGGCAAGAUCUAUCUCUCGUGGAAGAGUGGUCCGGCGGAGGUGAAGCACUGGAAGGACAUGAUGGGUAAACCUCGUAAUGCCGUGCAGCAGUGGCAUGCCCUCAAGGCCUGAUACUGUAGGUCCAGUCACAUCCACCCAGACCACCCCAGCCCCCUGCCCUGCCCUCCCACCCUAUCGUUAUGCACAAGGCUGACUCGCUGCAGAACAUGGGUACAAAUAGCCACCCAACGCAUCCACCCUACGCAUCCACCCUCUCCUCCUGCCUGUCCUCUCUCAGAUCCCUAAUGAACUUCUCCAUCCUCUACUCCCCUCUGUUUAACCGGGUCCUUUCUGAGUCUUGUUGCUUUUAAGUCAUACCUUCCUCUCAACCAUUGUUUUUUCUCCUUGGUCCACCUUUACUUUGGAGCGGUACACUCUGCCAGCCCUAGGGUGAGCCUCAGCCACCAACAAAAACAGGUUCAAAUAGACCAUAUAAGAACCCUGCGUAAGGAGCUGGUGAGGGGCAUGUCUUUCAGGAAACAUUAUAUCUGUGACUGUGUGACAGACUGACCGACAAGGAAUCCAGUUCCACCAUUAAUCCUGUGUCUCUCCAUCGUUCUCCUGUGGCAGUGAGGGGAGGCUUCUUCUCUCCCUAAUCACUGCUCUCUCUGUCGUCAGAAGCGAUCUGGUUGGCUGUUCAUUUUUUUUGUUGCUUCCCACAUUGACCCUUUGGUCCGUUCCCUUCUGCAAACACACAGAGAAUAUAACAGGAAGGAUUGAUAGAGAGAGAGAGGCAAACCAAUGGAAUAGAAGAGGGCUGGACUGUCUGGAUGAUAAUGGAAUUAGACAAGACACUGUCACUCCACCCCGUUCAUCAUCUCUGAUCUCUUUCUCUCCCACCACUGUAGUGAUUCUUCCCCGGCUGGACCCCCUUGUUGUCUGUGCGUGCUGUGGGUGAUGUGCUGUAACUCCAAAUGAAGUUCUAGAUGAAAAAAGGGGAAAAUGACUGAUCAUUUACACUGGUCCAUGGGGGAAAUGUAAAAAGACAUUCCUAUUUUCUGGAGAGAAAAAAAAAGAAUAAUGACAGAAAAAGAGUAAAGUCAUCAAUGUUGUGUUUUGUUUUUAAAAAGCCUAAAGAGACCAAUCAAAAUGUUCUUCCAGAGACAGUAAAUAGAAGCAAAAAGACAGCUAUUAUUCUGUCGUAUUCUCUCUGUGUGUGUGUGUGUGUGUGUGUGCGUGUGUGCGUGCGUGCGUGCGUGUGUGUGUGCGUGCGUGCUUGCGUGUCAGCGAAAGUUAGAGUGUGAAUGCGAGUGCAAGUGUGUGAAAGUAUUGGGCUUGCACUGCUAUCAAAUGAAUAACGACAAUAUUACUGAUAAUAAUGAUGACAAUAAUAAUCAUCAGUAUUCUACUGGAUAUGUUUGAAGACUUGGAGAGGUCACAGCAGCUAAGCAGUGACAGAGAGAGAGGGGUACAGUCUGUGGGGUAGUGCCUGCUACCUGGUGUGGAACGGUAAGCAGAGGAGGAACUUGACAUGAACCACCAGUCUUCAUCUGAGCUGCUUUCUCUCAAUUGCAUCAUCCACUGCAGAUAACCAUAAAUAAAUGCCCCUCUCCCAACCGAGUCAGUUUUGUUUCUAAUGGAGCACUAAGCCAAUUGAUCUUGUCCCCAUCAAGGUUGGUAACGUUACCUGUUUGUCUCUCUCAGUCAUUUUGUGUAAUUCUGCCUGUCUGUUGGAACGUGUGUCUGGCAGUUGGUCUGUAAGUCAUUUAGUCAACAUCUUAUUCAUUAGUGUGCAUGUUACAGAACACAUUGUUAUAAGAAUAUUAGUAGAUAAAUGUUUAGGGUCUUAGUGGAAGGCUGUUGCAUUACUGGCCAAACCCCCUCUGCUCUGUCCUGCUCCUGAUGUUAGAUAGUUGGGUGUUAGUGGGUCUUCAGGACCAGGGCUGUUUCAUUACAGACCAAACCCCCUCUGCUCUGUCCUGCUCCUGAUGUUAGAUAGUUAGGUGUUAGUGGGUCUUCAGGACCAGGGCUGUUUCAUUACAGACCAAACCCCCUCUGCUCUGUCCUGCUCCUGAUGUUAGAUAGUUGGGUGUUAGUGGGUCUUCAGGACCAGGGCUGUUUCAUUACAGACCAAACCCCCUCUGCUCUGUCCUGCUCCUGAUGUUAGAUAGUUGGGUGUUAGUGGGUCUUCAGGACCAGGGCUGUUUCAUUACAGACCAACCCCCCUCUGCUCUGUCCUGCUCCUGAUGUUAGUUAGUUCGGUGUUAGUGGGUCUUCAGGACCAGGGCUGUUUCAUUACAGACCAAACCCCCUCUGCUCUGUCCUGCUCCUGAUGUUAGUUAGUUAGGUGUUAGUGGGUCUUCAGGACCAGGGCUGUUUCAUUACAGACCAACCCCCCUCUGCUCUGUCCUGCUCCUGAUGUUAGAUAGUUAGGUGUUAGUGGGUCUUCAGGACCAGGGCUGUUUCAUUACAGACCAAACCCCCUCUGCUCUGUCCUGCUCCUGAUGUUAGAUAGUUAGGUGUUAGUGGGUCUUCAGGACCAGGGCUGUUUCAUUACAGACCAACCCCCCUCUGCUCUGUCCUGCUCCUGAUGUUAGUUAGGGUAUUAGUGGGUCUUCAGGACCACGGCUGUUACGGACCAAACCCCCUCUGUUCUGUCCUGCUUCAGGACCAGGCUGUUCCAUUACUGGCCAGACCCCCUCUGCUCUGUCCUGCUCCAGAUGUUAGAUACUUAGGGUGUUUGUGGGUCUUCAGGACCAGGCUGUUCCAUUACUGGCCAGACCCCAUCUGCUCUGUCCUGCUUCAGGACCAGGCUGUUCCAUUACUGGCCAGACCCCCUCUGCUUUGUACUGCUCCUGAUGUCAUCCUGGUGUGACCUGUUCCAAGCUUAAGUCUCUCUCUCAUCACACAAUGGGCUGAAUGAUAACUACAAGAGUAAUAAUAUCAACUAAACCUAUUUUCUGUUUA